CUCAAAUCACUAUAGAAUCAACUAUAUAGUAAUAUCUACUACAUCUACAGUAGAUACAAGUUCCAUGGUCGAUCUACACUGAGGCUCCAAGUCGGGAGUUCAACCCUUCCCCACCAACCUGCGAGCUCAGCUUCCCAGCUUCCCAGCGUCACUCACCUCACACACCCUCACACUCCCUCUACACCUGACGUUAUCUUCCAACCUCUCGAAAUCCCUAUGAACCGCGCGAAAGGUUCCCCCGGCCGAUUCGCAAAUACCCCACAACACGACCACCCGCCGCACGCCGAUGGUGCGACAGGCACAACUUGAUCGAGAUGGCCGCCUUCGUGCGCGUUUCAGGCCCGGCAAAUGGCAACUUCCUGAUCGGAUAUCCGGGCAUAUCUGCGACGAUGCCUCGAGUCGAAGGUAAAGUCGAGAUUCGACCCUGUGUCGGCAUUACCGCCCCUGUCAACGUUUCACUCGUCACAAUUUCCCUCCUCCGCCGCGAGACCAUUCACCCUUCAGCCGACUCCCUCACAAAGAAGCGCCUGGCUCCUCCGCGGAAAGAGAUCACGGAUAUCGUAGGCAAGGAGAUGCUUCUGUUCCGAUGUCCGGCUGGCAGAGAAUACGAGGAAGUAAUAUCUAUGGAUUUACCCUUUGUGCUCUUUAUUCCUUUUGGUCGUGGUGGCCGCGAUGCCUCCAGGCGCGUACCCCCAGCCAGUGUACAACUCCCUAGUCGCACUGCCGAAACGUACUAUGAGAUGGUAGUCAUGGUCCAACAAGGACAACAAGAGCAACGCAAAUAUACCUUCCCGGUUCCCAUCGCACGCUACGACACACUCUCCACGUUCGGCAUGUACAAUCGCCCUGAGUCCGCGGAACGGGUAUCAGAUCAUUUGGUCACCUUGGCCAUUUCAUUACCUCGCUGGUCGUAUGGUCCCCUCGACCCUGUCAGUGUCUAUGUCAAACUAUCACCAAACGAGAGCUGGAUGGGCAAAGCUCGCAAAGUGACAAUUAGUAAGAUCACUAUUGGAAUCGACGAAGAGAUCAUCUUCAAUCACGAAGGCGACGAACCCCAACGGAAAGUCAAAGUGUUGGCCAAGAAGACGGAAAACAUUGGUGUCAAAUUACCUCAGUCAGGAUAUCUCACAAACCUCGGAUUGGUGUUUCCCGCCAAGGAUCUCCGCGAUGCAGAGGGAAUUCUACCACGAAGUAGGACGGCAUUUCCGACAUACGGGGUGAGCGGCUUCACAACCACUGCAAGUCUAUAUAAGAUCGAGUACUAUCUCACUGUUCGCGCCCACCUUACCUCCGCAAGAGACAUCACAAUACGACAACCAAUUGUAGUCUGUCCCCUCGACCACGCCGGCUGCAAAGAAGAAAUGGAAGCAAUCGAGCAAGCUGCCCGAGACGCCGCCCACGUCAACCCAGACAACCCCAUGCUCCCCCUCCCCGCAAUCGUUCGACCAAACGACCACAACGCCCUAAGCCAUCUAGGAGUCGCCAUCGUCGGCAACCAGAAGAAACCGUUAAUCGACUGAACUGGACGAUAUCACUCUUGAAUCUCAGGAACAGUGAAAGAAAUAUUUAAUAUCCUCCCCCGUCUCGACCCGCAUCGGCAACCAACAGCUGGAUUGUCUGCGUUGGUGAUACCACAAACGGGGUGUCAGGGUCUCCAGCAAAUAGCUAUCACAUCGAGGCGAAUGGCUACACAUAGUAACCACCCUAUAUCAUGACAUAUCUUACGAUUACAUAGAUGGAGUUUAUUGCAUGGCAUUCCCGAAAACCGGCUGUUCAUUUGUCUUGGGCAAAAUGGGGUGUUUGGGCUGCCUAUUAUUUGGGGGUUUGGACUUGUGAGACUGAACUGGUCAAACUUUACUUCUUAUCAAUUCCUGCCUGGAUUCAUGUCCUUGGUACUGCUUUGACUUUGCCGACGAAAACGUCCGGCCAUUCAUCCUGACAGCUGAUACGAGACAUGUCAAUACAUGGAAUUAUGAAUUAUUUUCAAUACUAUGCAUAAGUCUUGG